AUGCUCAACUCGGUUAACAGUGGAGUCGAGUUUGCCAAGAUAAUUUCCUGGAUGUUCUUCACAAUAAACCUGUUCAUAUCGAUUAACUUUACGUUGUUGGCACGCCAUUUGCCCUAUUUGGUGCGUCGCUGGUCGCAGCUUGAACACUCACUGCCGGAUCAACCAAGGCUGACGGUCUACCAAAGACCAUCCUUUCGUGAGAUCAUUUUCAUUUCUUUAGUGUUACUUCUUAGUGCUGUGGUGGAGCAUGUGCUCUCAAAACCAGCAGGUCUGCACCGUGCCUACCGGUGUCCCAUUGCUAACAUUUGGGAGGCCCAUUACAGACAGGCUUUUCCGGAGAUGUUCUCCUUCGUUCCGUAUAAUCCUUACCUUGGUGCUAUUGCACAAAGCAUAACCUCACUUUUCACCGUAUACUGGAACUAUGUGGACCUAUUUCUCAUCGUAGUAAGUAUGUACCUUCGCGUGAAUCUCCAGCAUCUGUACGAAGUGCUUAAGAGAUCGGAUAAGUUCCAUCUUCAUGCGCAUUUCUGGCAGGAAAUAAGUGUGCACUAUAGGAAUGUUUUAGAGUUGACACGGCUUGUUAAUCGUCAUAUUGGUGUAUUAAUCGUCAUUUCUUACACGAGCAAUUUGUUCUUCAUCUGCAUUCAGUUGCUAAAUGUGCAAAACACCUUUUUUGCUGUAACAUCAUAGUUCUGGUACUCAUUGUUUCAUCUCGUUGGUCGUAUUGUUGCCGUUUCACUGUUUGGCUCGUCCGUUCACGAUCAGUAUCGCCGCAUCCGCUCGCUGUGUUACCAACUGCCGCUGGAGUGUAGCUACAUGUACGAGGUACGGCAGUUUCAGCGAGAGGUCGAGCAUGAGUCCAUUGCUCUCACAGGUUACGGAUUUUUUUACUUGACCCGUGAACUCAUCCUAAAGAUAGCGGCCACCAUCGUAACGUACGAGUUGGUCUUGACGCAAGUUAACGAAGCGGAAGCCAAAAAUGGUGACGAUAAUCCGUGCACGUGA